CCUAACAUGGAGGUGACAUCUCUGUGCAUCAGACUCGUUUGGUAUUCAUUUUUGUUGAUCACAUCUGAAGUUAAGAACAGCUAUUUUUCUCAAAACGCUGAACUGGAUGGAACUUAUCUUUAUAUUGAGCCCAACAGACUGCAGUUCUUUGAAUAUGAAUCAAUCACAUUCAAGUGUGAGGGGUUUUCCAGAGGAGCUGAAUGGCGAGUGAUGAAAAAGACUCCUUCAAUGGCUACCAUAAGGAAAUCAUCAACAGGAAUUUUGAACAUUAUGACUGCAUAUCUAUUAGAUGGAGGAGAGUAUUGGUGUGAAAAUCUAAAGGGAGAAAAGAGCAAUACUGUCAACAUCACUGUCACUGAUGGCGAUGUGAUUUUGGAGAGUCCUGCUCUAGCUGUGACACAACACACUAAUGUCACUCUGCGCUGUAAAGAGAAGACACCUUCUCUCAAACGCUCAGCACAUUUCUUUAAAGAUGGCCAGUUAAUCAAUACUAUAUAUGAAGGUGAGAUGACCAUUAACAGUGUAUCCCAGUCAGAUGAAGGACUCUACAAGUGCAGAAUAUCUGGAAGUGGAGAAUCAUUAGAGAGCUGGCUGGCUGUAAGAGGUGGUGAUGUUUUCCUGGAGUUUCCUGGUCUUCCAGUGAUGGAGGGAGACAAUGUCACAAUCCACUGUAGAAGAAAAGGAACUUUCUCCAAAUUUACAGCUAAUUUCUUUAAAGACGGUGAUUUUAUUGAGACUGGAUAUAAAGGUGAGAUGACUAUUCAAAGAGUUAUGAAGUCUCAUGAAGGAUUCUACAAAUGCAGCAUCGCUGGAUCCCGAGGAGAAUCAGAGGAGACUUGGCUGUCUGUCCAUGUCAGAGAAGAGCUCCAACAUGAAGGUCAUGCAGAGCCCCAUCCCUCAUCAGAUCACUCUUGUCAUAUUUACCUGACGCUGAGGACUAUCUUCACUAUUUUACUGGUGGCUCUGCUUUUGCUACUGGUGGGACUAUUUUACUCUAAGAAGCUAGGUAUUACAAAACAGUAAUUUGUAAUGGUUCAAAUGUACAGGCCGAUGUAAUAGAUGAGCCAUAAUUGCAGCAGACUCAACAAGAUAGUAGUUCAUGUGCACCACAUUUACUGUUUAUUCUCUGACAAUACAUGGAAUUCUGUUCAUUUUCUCAUUUUCCUUGGAAGAAAAAGAGAGUGGAGGAUUAAGCUUAAUUAAGCUUAAUAUUAAUACCUCCUCAAUCUGUACACUCUGUACACGCCUUGUCGUGCAUUAAGAUCAUCAGGUCAACUACUCCUGGCCCAAACUGAGUUUAGACUGAAGACCAGAGGCGAUCGAUCCUUUGCUUCAGCUGCACCCAACCUUUGGAAUAGCCUCCCUGCUUCUAUUCGUGCCUCAGACUCUAUCCAAUCCUUUAAAUCAAGAUUGAAAGCAUACUUAUUUAACCUGGCUUUCCUGACCAGUUAAUACCCUUUUAAACUUUUUAUUAAUUUUAUUAUUAAUUUUAAUGCUGUUAUUUAACUUUUUAGUAGAUAUUUUGUAUUCACGAUCUGACCUUCCUCCUGUAUUGAGAGUUGAUACCUAUUUUACUUAACUCUUCCGGUCUAUUAGUGCCUCCAUUCUGUCUGUGCUAGUGCCCGAUUGAUACUUUGUUAUUGACUUAUGUUGUUUCUCUGUAUUACUGUGAAGCACUUUGGUGUGCCUUCGGGUUUUUAAAUGUGCUAUAUAAAUAAAUCUGUAUUGUAUUGUAAUAAAUAAGAACAAGGUUACAAGACUGACUAAUUCAUGGCCUACUUUAAAUUUAAAGUAGCCACAAACAAUAUUGUCUUGAUUUGAACAUUUAACAUUAUGGACAUUAUGGUAUGAAAGGCUCCACAGUAGCUAUUUUUUUUUAUUGUUUUGUUUUGUUUUUUUUUUGUUUUUUUUUUGGGGGGGGGGGGGAUAAAGAAAGGUGUCAUUUAAAAUGUAAAAUUUAUUUUAAAAUUGCUUGACUGUCUUUUAAUGUGCUGUGGCUAAAUCCUAUAUUUUAAUGAAUAAAGGAUGAGUCACGAGCCUUUGCUGAAUGAAAAUGUAAUAAUAAUAAAUUCUAUGUAAUAAAUUAUAACUAUAAUAAACUGAACUAUUGCUACGACUGAACUACUGAAAUUAU